GCUCAAAUCUGUGCCACCACUGGGAAAGCUCAAAAAUCUGAGGGUGUUAGAUGUAUCUGGCACUGGUAUUGAAGAAGUACCUCAAGGCAUGGAAAACUUAGUCAAGCUUAAAUUUCUGGAUAUGGGUAGAACAGGUCUCGAUGAACUGCCAAAGGAGAUAUUGCCUAAACUUUCCCAUCUUCAAUACCUCAAUCUUCCUGAAGGUGUGAAUGCCCCAGUUGAAGACUUGGCGAGCUUGGAACUGCUCGAAGCAUUCGGAGGCGGGUUCUGUGAUUUGCAUUACUUUCACAAGUUCAUGAGUAGUCUCCAUAACUAUGAGAAAGAUUUGUGGUAUACCAUAUUGGUGGGGCAAGUAAAUAUUGAUCGUGUCUUUGAUGGCUACAUACCGAAACAGAGAAGAGUGAUUGUAGAAGAUUACACCAUUGAAGCAGCAACAUCAAUUUUUCUUCCACAUGGCAUUGACUUUCUACAGAUUAGCAAAUGCCAUGGGCUGAGUAGCUGCUUUGUGGACAACUUUCUGUCACGGACUACUUCUUCAAGAGUCUUGACCUGCAGCAUCUAUGGUUGUGAUGAGAUAGAAUGGAUCGUCAACGUUCCCUCUGGUAGAGAUACAACUACAGACCCACACUGCAUAUCUUUCCAUCGUCUGGAUGUUUAUGACUUGCAAAAUCUUGUUGGGCUCUGUAAGGGAAAAAUUGCAUCUCACACCUUCUCGGGUCUAACAGAAUUGCGUAUCCACAACUGCAAUAGGAUGAAGAAGUUGUUUCCACGGGCUAUGUUGCAGGAUCUCAAGAACCUUGAGGUGCUUGAUGUACGUCGGUGUGAUGUGAUGGAAGAGAUAAUAGGAAGAGAGGAAGUAGAGGGAAGUAGCCAAAGCAGCAGUACAUCUACAACUGCUCACCUUCCUAAGCUAAAAAGGCUCAACCUGAUGUUCCUGCCAGAAUUGAAGAGUAUCUGUGAGGGAAAACUGAUGUGUGAUUCCCUUGAAAGGAUGAAAUUUCGUAAGUGCCCCAAACUGAAGAGGCUGCCUUUCUAUCUCUGGGUGUUCAGAGGUGGAAGAGAUAAUAGGAAGAGAGGAAGAAGAGCCAAAGUACUGCUGACCUUCCUAAGCUAAGAGUGCUCAGCCUGAUUUUCCUGCCAGAAUUGAAGAGUAUCUGUGAGGGAAAACUGAUGUGUGAUUCCCUUGAAUGGAUGAGAUUAGCAGGUUGCCAGAAUCUGAAGAGGAUGCCUUUCUAUACUACAAAUGAACAUCCUUUUCCAUCCCUUAGAAAAAUCGAAGUUUAUGAUA